AUGAUGCUGUUUUCUUCGACCUCGUUGGCGAGAUCGAGCGGGAGGACGACGACACUUUUUACUCCUCCUCCUCCUUUAGUAUCGUCGUCAUCGCUUUCGAGGAGGCGCGUAAAAGGUAUUCGCGGAAAGAAGAGGGAGAAGACGAAGAAGGAUGCCUUAUCGUUCUCGUUACUUUUAACGAGGAGUAGUGGUUGUAGUGGUGGAGAUACGAGUGGUAAAAGAAGAAGAAAAAGUGCGACAAAAACGACGGCUUUUAGGAGGUUUCCAUCGUCGUCAUCGUCUUCUCCAAGAGGAGGAGAGAAAUGGCGAGCAAAACGACCGUCUUCUUUCUCGGACGAGGACGACUUUGAGGACGAGCUUUUAUACCCGGAUCGGAGAUUUAAAUCGCAAGACGAGCGACAAGCCGCCAUCGAUAGGCUGUCGCCUCCGAAAGAAUCAUCGAAGGACGAAGACCAACACGGGGAAGAGAAAAAAGGAGAGCUCAAGUUUGUGAAGAAGGUGGAAAGUUUAAGGCGAGGGACGACGUCGGCGUCUUCCUCUCCCGGGAACGGGAACGACGACGGCGGCGGUAAAAAUGAAUUCGGAAAACUGUCCUCGUCGUUACCUCCGGAACGACCACCGAGAAGAAGGACGACGACGAGAAAUAAUGUGGGAUUGAGCGAACGCGAGAAGAACCGCGCGGUAAGAAGAGAAGAUCCGGAUUUGGGUCCGAGCGCGCGAGAGCGAUCGCAAAUGAAAAAAAUGGAAAGACGACAAAAAGAAGCGGACGAGAGGAUGGAGCGCAUUUUGUCCAUCAUAGAUGAUUCGAAGUUUGGGAUGGCGUUUAGUAUGGUGAAUGAGAGCGACAGCACAGGCGGCGCGGAGCCGGCGUUUUUCGCCUUGUCGCAGAAGAAACAGUUGGAGUAUUUGGUCGAGUUGCAAAAAGAGUUGGACGACGCGAAUAUUGGUUUGAUUGAACAACUGUUUGGCUUGUGGAAGUGGACGAACGACACGUCAGACGAGAUUAUUGAGAACUCGUCGUCGUCGUACGAAGCAGAAGACGACGACGAGAGCGGUGGUUGGGGGAAAAAGAAUUACCAAGGCGGCAAACCGGAAGGAUUCUUAGGCGAACUGUCCGAAGAGCUGAGAAACUUUUUGUCGAUCGACAUCACCGAAGUCUCGCCGAAUCAGUCGAAAGUGGAAGUAUACGCAUCUCCCGAAGCGAUACUCGCAAUUGUAGUCAUGCUAGUCGUGAGUUGGAAUUUUGGAGGAUGGUUCGUGUCUUUGUUCGUGAACUCAGACGGUAUCCCGCCGAUUUAA